UGUGCAAUCUCAGCCUCUCUGUUUGCUCAGCAGAAGGUGGGGGUCAGGAGGAUGCACGUGCUCCCAACCUGUGCUGCUUCCGCUAAUCCCCCAGUCUGAGCCACCACUGACAAGCACUGGGUGUCUGCCCCAGCCUCCAGCCUAACCCCACACCGGGUCCCUUCAGCCACAGACAGGACUGUCCCUGGCUCUGUGCCCACCCAACACUGAGGAGCAUGGGGCAUGUCCUCACUUCUCUCUUCUAUGUGGAGAGAAGCACCCAGCCUCAGUCCUUCACAGAGCGUUUCAUCUGUCUGCUCCAGAGUUCCUACGGUGCUCUGGCAGCAUCUGUGUCAUCACCUUUGUACAGCUGGGAUAGGCUUCUGGCAAGAGGGAAUGCCAUUGUGCUGGCAUGCAGGGAGGGAGAGCACUGUGCUUUGCUUUGUGUUGUUGGUGGUGACAGCUGUGGCCCUGGCAUGAACACAACUGCCAUGCAUUGCAGCAGGGACCUGGCUGUGCCUGUGCUGCCUGGCUCAGCACCAGGGGUUGGGCUCUGGGAUGGGUCAGAGCUGGGUGCUACAUGCACGCCAAGAGCUGGGAGAUGUUGCAGUCCCCUGCAGUCCCCAAAGGAUGGGCUGGUGGCAUCCUUCCAGUUGCAACCGUAUGCCAUGGCCCUGCCCUCCACUCAUGUGGGAUGUCACUUCUCCCUGACUGUGGACACAGCAGCCCAUUCCUCUGUGGGUUUCCAUCUCUCUCCUGCUUCAUGGACACAGAAGGCAGUGUAUCACCCUGUCCCUUGGGAGAGGUAACCUGAGGACACUGACACAACAGCAAGCUGUCCUCCCCUACCCCUCAUUCCAUUCUUCUUGUGUUUUUUCACUGGGGAAACAAGCUCAAUCCAGCCCAGCCCAGCAUGUCUGCAAAAACAGCCCUUUGACCUACAUACUCCUCACCUGUUCUGGGGUCUCUGCAGGUGUGGAGCUGUGGACCCUCAGGUACAGCCUCAGGGACACUGAGUGCCUCAGGGCAACCCCACUCCCCAGGAAUAGGCUGGAAGUCCUACCUCACCUUGAGGGGGAAGGGAUGGCCCUGGGGAGGGCUGGGGACACCGGGAGGGCAGGGCCAGAAGAUGUCCCUGAAUGUUAUCAGCCCAUCGUCUCACCCGCAGCAGGGGCUCAGCCCUCUGGCUGGACAGGGCAGGACAUAAAGGGCUGUGUCCCCCCCAGCCCCACACACAGGCGGCCAUCAGGAAGGAACGUGGGCUGGGCAGCAUGGGAUGGCUGCUCUCUUCCAGGAUCUGUUUCCUCCUUCUUUUCCUCGUCCCGCUCACUGCUAUUGCAACCUCAGGUGAGAGCUCAAUGGGAGACGUGGUGGGGUGGGAGCUCUGGGGCUGCUCUGGGGCCCUGCACACCCCUAGCUCUGCUUUCACAUCCAGAUGCUGAGAAAACCCCACACUACUGGAACGAAGGGGCCAGGAGGAGGCUGGAGGCAGCCCUGGCCUUGCAGCCAGUGGCACAGCGAGCCAAAAACAUCAUCCUCUUCAUGGGUGAUGGCAUGGGGCUGCCCACGGUGUCAGCAGCCCGGAUCUACAAGGGGCAACUGGCCGGCAGCUCGGGUGAGGAGAGCGUCUUGGCCAUGGAGACAUUUCCACACGUGGCCCUGGCCAAGACCUACACCAUCGACCGGCAGGUGCCCGACAGCGCUGGCACGGGCACGGCCUACCUGUGUGGGGUGAAGGCCAAUGCCAAGACGCUGGGGCUGAGCGGGGCGGCCGUCUAUGGCAAAUGCCGCACAGCAUUCGGCAACGAAGUGGACUCCAUCCUGCACCGGGCCCGGCUGGCAGGUAAGUCGGUGGGCAUCGUGACCACCACACGGGUGCAACAUGCAUCCCCUGCUGCUGCCUAUGCACACUCGGCCAGCCGCAGCUGGUACGCCGAUGCCAACAUGCCUCCAGAGACCCUGCGGGACGGCUGCAAGGACAUCGCCUACCAGCUGGUGCACAACACCGACAUCAACGUGAUCCUGGGUGGCGGGAGGGCCUACAUGUCCCCCAGGUGGACCCCAGACCCUGAGUACCCGGACGACCCGGCGCAGAAUGGCACCAGGAGGGACGGGCGGAACCUGGUGGCCGAAUGGCUCAGCACCAGGGAGGGCGCGCGCUACGUCUGGGACAAGAAGGGCCUGGAUGCGGUUGAUGACACCUCUGUGAGCCACCUCAUGGGCCUCUUUGAGCCCAAGGACAUGAGGUAUGAGCUGAACCGCAACGCCACCACGGACCCCUCCAUUGUGGAAAUGACAGAGAAAGCCAUCCGCAUCCUGCGCAGGAACCCCAACGGCUUCUUCCUCUUUGUGGAAGGUGGAAGGAUUGACCACGGACACCACAGCGGCCGGGCCAAGCAGGCGCUGACGGAGGCCAUCAUGCUGGACCGGGCAGUGGCACGGGCAGGCGAGCUGACGGAGCCCUCUGACACACUGACCGUGGUGACGGCUGAUCACUCACAUGUCUUCACCUUCGGGGGCAACACGCUGCGAGGAGCCUCCAUCUUCGGGCUGGCCCCUAAGAAAGCGAAGGACAAGCGAGCCUAUACCAGCAUCCUCUAUGGCAAUGGACCGGGAUACAGCAUUCGUGAUGGGGGCCGCCCAGCCGUCAGCCUUCCAGCUGUGGAGGACAAGGACUACAGGCAGCAAGCGGCUGUGCCCCUUGACUUGGAGACCCACAGUGGGGAGGAUGUGGUGGUGCUGGCUCAGGGUCCUAUGGCCCACCUCUUCCACGGGGUGCAGGAGCAGCACUACAUUGCCCAUGCCAUUGCUUAUGCUGCGUGCCUCAAGCCUUAUGAUGCCAGACCCCGCUGUGGUGCACCCCGUAGAGCCUCUGGCAGCAACCAACACUCCCCACAGCCUCUACUCGCUCUCCUGGCCCUCUGCAUGUCUGCCUUCAUGGUGGUGGGCUGAGAGACCCCACUGAACCCUGCUUCAGCCCCCUGUUGCGGGCAGGGUCACAGGAUGCAAUAAAAUGUGGGAUGUCUGGGUUCGUGUGCCAUGGGAUGAUUUGUAGCAGCAGUUGUACCUCAAUUUCCCCGGGUUGUGACUCCUAACUGGGGCCUGCACAGGAGUGAAGCAGAAGAAGAGACAAUGGUGAGGGGUGGCCAUGUACCCACAGCUCCAUCCCUGGGUUACUGGGAGCCCACAGUAUAGAGGAGUUUGCGCAGCUUUGAGGUGCUGUGCACAGCCUGGUACAAGAGCUGGUCCUGACAUUUAGUCCCCAUCAGUGCCUUUAUCGCUCCAGGAAGUGCUGGGUGGAGCCACCAGGAGCACCCCAAGUCCCUCCUUCUGCACCCCAUGUUCCCUCCCCUCCGCAGCACCUAGCAAUAAGGUGGCAAUGAGG